AGUCAGUCUCGUACAGAUACUCUUCCAAAUAUAAAGUCAGGAUGUUGAAGUUGAUCUUUCUGUUUGCUCUGGUAGCAACUGUUACUCCAGCUACCUUCCCUGGUGCUCUUCGCCAAUAUUCAACUAAGCCACCAGUAUUCCCAGCACCAUUAUCAAGGUACAGUCCACUACCUUCACCUACGUACAGCCCCCAACCAUAUGGAAAAUUCAUCGCCAUUCUUCGGUCAGAAAGUGAUAUUGCCCCUGAUGGCAGCCAGUAUCAUUAUGCUCGAAUUGUUUUAGAGUCAGUCUCGUACAGAUACUCUUCCAAAUAUAAAGUCAGGAUGUUGAAGUUGAUCUUUCUGUCUGCUCUGGUAGCAACUGUUACUCCAGCUACCUUCCCUGGUGCUCUUCGCCAAUAUUCAACUAAGCCACCAGUAUUCCCAGCACCAUUAUCAAGGUACAGUCCACUACCUUCACCUACGUACAGCCCCCAACCAUAUGGAAAAUUCAUCGCCAUUCUUCGGUCAGAAAGUGAUAUUGCCCCUGAUGGCAGCCAGUAUCAUUAUGC